ACACCUCCGGAGCCUGCACCCGAGGGGCUUUGUAAGGGGGUAGUGAGGAGAGAGUGGUGUCACGCUUUUUCCUGUGCAAUACGUUUUCUCUUGCGUAUCUCUGCACUGCAAGAUGCAUCUUCCUUCCUUUUCCCACCCAUCUCUUCGUUCUUUAUUUGUUGUUUUACUCCAGCUGCUGCUGUGGGACAGUUUUAUCUCUUCCCCCAUUCUUUGAUAUAUGGGAGGGCUGUGACUAUUUCCCACUGCUCUGCUUCACCCUGGCUCUGAAGCUGCAGAUAGUUAAGGUAUCAGGCACGAAGUCACCCUUUGGCCAGGUUGCUCUUCAGACUUUUUUUACCAUUUUAACAUCAGGAAAGAUGCACCCUGCAGGCUCUGAAGCACAAACCUAUGCAGAAGGCAUCCCUGGACCUGGCACUGUCCUCCCCAGGUCUGCAUUUUUAUGCCACUCCAACCCUCUGGCCACUCAACUCCCAUGGCCACGUCAACCCCUUUGGUCAUUCAGCUCCCUCAGCCACCUCAACCCCAUGGCCACUCAACCUCAUGGGCCUCCUCAACAACCCCGCUGGCCACCCCAACACCUUUGGCCACUCAACUCCCAUGGCCACACCAACACCUAUGGCCUCUCAACUGCAUGGGCCACCUCAGCCCCAUUGGCCACCCCAACACCUUGGCUACUCACCUGCAUAGGCCACCCCAACCUCAUUGGCCACUCCACCUGCCACGGCCACACAACUCUAUGGCCAACCCAACCCCACAAGCACCCCAAGCACCAAGGACUGGGAGAAACAGCAUCCCAAGCCCACCUUACCUCCCACCAGCUCAAUUGCUUCCACUCAGAGCUAAGCACUGGCUCACAGCCAUUCUCAUAGCUCCUUCCCACAGCUGUGGAUUCAGGGUGGGGGGGGCAUCAGAAUGAGGAGAAAGGAGGGAGGGACAAUGUAUGUGCGUGAGGGGGAAGAAAACUGGGUAUUUUGACACUGGCUCUUGCUUGAAAAGUUUUCGAAACACUGUGGGGAGCCUGUUGCUUGGGGCAGGAGUUAACACAGAGCAGGAGGAGGAGGAGGAACUGCACUUCCCGAGAGGCCCCGCUGCGGCUGUGCCUCCUCCGGUGCCUUAUCAGGAGCUGGGGUGACCAACAGGCAGCCCCACAGGGACAGGGUCAUGGGGUUGAAGCACGGGAUGAGGAGCACCAAGUGCCAGCUGAUGGCUGCCAGCCUCUGUGUCAUGCUGCUGGGGCUGUCCAUUGCUACACUGAGCACGGUCACCCGCUAUGGGCUUCACUUCUCCAUCAUCAGCAACGUCGCCCUUGAGAGCAGCUCCUACCGGGAUAUCCACCAGGCAGCUUUCUACGUCGGCGUGUUCCUCAGCAUGACCCUGAUCCUCGCAGCCCUGCUGAGCGCGGUCGCCACGGUGCGAGAGUCGCGGUGCCUCACGGCAACGGUGCGUACCACGUUCGCUCACGUCUCACCACCCUUCUACCCCCAUCUCCCCGUGCAGCCCGGCCCGGUGCCGCCGCGUUCGGCCGCUGGGAGGAGCUCGGGGAUCGGCGCAGGGAACCGCACGCUGCCGGGCGGCGGAAUCAUAGAGAAUGGCUCGGGUUGGAAGGGGCCUUAAAGCUCACUCAGCUCCAGCCCCCUGCCCUG